GGCAUUUGAUGUUGUUGAUGAUACUGUCGCUGUAUCAAAAUAUAUUAUUGAGCAAAUGACCAAAUUGAAUAAAUUAAGGAAUAUUCUUCAAAAUAAGUGGGGUCAUCGUGUAAUUCUAUAUUUGUUGGUAAAUAGGUCUACUUUAUACUUUAGCAAUGAAACAUUACGUCUGCUUGCUCUUGGUGAUGACAUACGCACAAAGACAAGCAAAAAAGAUCCAAUUGUACGUGCAAACGAGCUUCGCAAAGCAAUUUCACCUGCUUUAAUAGAAUAUGCACAAAACAAUACAUCAUCAAUGUUCCUGUUUACCUAUUCAACUCAAGUCCUCUGCGAAAUAUUACUACGUGCGGAUGGAACUUUAGAACAAAAGACGCCAAUUUUAGAAAAUAUAGCAAGAUUAACUAAUAAAAGUCCGAGUGAAGCAGAGAAUGAUAAUAUUAUGUUAUCUUAUAUUAAUCGUACUCUUAAAGUAUUAGUUCACGGAGGACAUCGGAAGCCGCCUAAAUCACUACAAAUUAAACAAGAAGGUUCAAAAAACGACGUUUCACCACAAGUCUUUAAUGAUGAUAAGGCAGAACUACAUUUUGGACCGAUUUUAUUUAAUAAUAUUAAAGAAUAUAUUUUAUUCUAUGCAUGUCACCUUACUGCUUCUUUUGUAAUUUUGGCUUUAUUGGAAAAUAAAGAGACUAAUAUGUAUGUUAGGGAAGAAUUAUUGAAAGGUGUAGAACAAAUUCAAAAUGCUGCUAAGAAAAACGAAAAGUCUGGAGCAAAUUUAAUUUUAAAAGAAUUAGGAAUUAAAUUGGAAAAUAAGAAGGGAGGACAAAACAUUAAAGUGAAGUCUGAAGGAAUUAAUGAUAAGGGUCAUGGAAUUAAGGCUGGUGUAAAAAGAAAACGAUGA